AUGUCGUGGAAGAGGAACUACUUUGCGUCGGGCAGCGGAGGAAGAGGAGGAAGAGGAGGAGGAGGGGGGAUGCCGGGAAUGUUGACGCCUCGCACCAUGACGUCCAUCGCUCCCAGUAAAGGUCUGAGCAACGAACCGGGACAGAACAGCUGCUUCCUGAACAGCGCCCUGCAGGUUUUGUGGCAUCUCGAUAUUUUCCGUCGUAGUUUCCGUCAGCUGACUACUCAUAAGUGUAUGGAGGACUCCUGCAUCUUCUGCGCUCUGAAGGUGAGUCUGUGUGUGUUUCAGUACAGCAGUGAGAAGGUUUUACCGUCAGACGCUCUCCGCAGCGCGCUCGCUAAAACCUUCCAGGACGAGCAGCGAUUCCAGCUGGGCAUCAUGGACGAUGCUGCAGAGUGCUUCGAAAACAUCCUGAUGAGGAUUCACUUCCACAUCUCAGACGAGACUAAAGAAGACAUCUGCACAGCGAGACACUGCAUCCCGCACCAGAAGUUCGCCAUGACGCUCUUUGAACAGUGUGUUUGCAGCAGCUGUGGAGCUUCAUCAGAUCCGCUGCCUUUCAUUCAGAUGGUUCACUACAUCUCCACCACCUCGCUGUGUAACCAGGCGGUGAAGAUGUUGGAGACCAGAGAAAAGGCGACUCCCGGCAUGUUUGGCGAGCUGCUCCGAAACGCCAGCAUGGGAGACCUCCGCAGCUGUCCUAGUCAGUGCGGUCAGCAGCUCCGGAUGGCUCGUGUCCUCCUCAACAGUCCAGAGAUCAUCACCAUCGGUCUGGUUUGGGACUCGGACCACUCGGACCUCGCGGAGGACGUCAUACAUACUCUGGGAACCUGCCUGCGUCUCGGGGAUUUGUUUUACCGGGUGACGGAGGAGAAGGCCCGUCAGUCGGAGCUCUACCUGGUCGGCAUGGUGUGUUACUACGGGAAACAUUACUCCACCUUCUUCUUCCAGACGAAGAUCAGACGAUGGAUGUACUUUGACGACGCACACGUGAAGGAGAUCGGCCCCAAGUGGAAGGACGUGGUUUCCCGCUGCAUUAAAGGUCACUACCAGCCUCUGCUGCUGCUGUACGCCGACCCCCGGGGCACGCCGGUGUCAGCACAGGACCUGCCCCCCCGACUCGACCUCCACCACCUCAACAAGGCCGGCUACGACAGCGAAGACUCGGGCCGCGAGCCGUCCAUCUCCAGCGACACUCGCACUGAUUCGUCGACGGAGAGCUACUCGUACCGACAGCCCUCCCACUCCCACCAUGAGUCCCUGGCCAGUCACUACUCCUCCGACUCCCAGGGAACCGUCAUCUGCAUCGACCCCCCCGACCGACCGCUGCACGCCUCGCUCUGCAGCCUGGAUACCGUAGGUGGGUCAACAGCCAAUCACAAAGGCCACGUGACGGACGCGGAGCAGCACCAGUCUCUGAGGAGGGGAGGCGGGGCCAGAGAUAAGAGGCGGAGCUCUAGUCGCCCCCGACGAUCUAAACCCGACAACGAAGCCUCGUCGGCCGGUUACCACAGCGAGGGAGAAACGUUAAAGGAGCAGCAGGUUCCUCGUCACCUCCCCAAACCUUCCUCCUCCUCCUCCUCCUCCUUCUCCUCCACCAGCCGCCUGCGUGACUUCAAAGAGACGAUGAGCAACAUCAUCCACAGCCGCUCCCUCUCCUCCUCCUCCUCCUCCUCUUUACCGGCUGCAGUCCUCUCCUCUGAAAUCACCUCCUCCUCCUCCUCCUCCUCUAACAACCACCACCACCCAGCCUCCUCCACCUCCACCGCAGCCACCACCACCACCUCCUCCUCCUCCUCCAGUAAACCUCAGGACUGGGAGGCCGAGAGCACCAGCAGCGAGUCUAAAUCCAGCUCCUCAGGAGGCGCGGGGGGGAGGUGCCGGCCGGCGUGGAGGCCUCGGAGGGAGGUGCUGAACAUCGACAGCAUCUUCACGCGGCGCAGGCAGGCGGGUUACAGCCCCCUCGACGCCUCCCUGCCCGACGACGGAGGAGCCUCGGGGGGAGCGGGCGCCUCCUCCCUCUCGGCCCAGCAGGAGGCGCCGCCGGUCAGACCCGGCUCCUCCUGGACUCUCCCCUCGUCCUCAUCCUCGGCCGCCCACAGAGCAGGAGGAGGAGUCAGAGCAGGAGUAGCGGACCUGCCUCCUCCUCCUCCUCCUCCUCCCAGGCUGAUCCAGAGGAUGGAGAGCGGCUACGAGAGCAGCGAGAGGAACAGCAGCAGCCCCGUCAGCCUGGACCUGAACCACAACGACAGGGAGGGAGCUGCAAAGAAGCCUUCAUCCUCCUCCUCCUCCUCAUCAGGCCCGUCAUGGAGGAACAUCCGGUCGAAGAGCAGCGGCGCUCUGCUGCAGGAGAGCAGCUCCACCAAGACAGCACAGUGGCCUGCUGGUAAAUCAGAAACAGACAAACUGGAAACGGUCGAGAUGAGAAGAGCAUUUAAGAAAAAGCGUCAAAUAUCAAAAUCAAAGGAAACGAAACAUCGAGACGAGACAAAGACGGACGGGCCGAGCUUCAAAAGAACUAAACUGCGGCCGGCGGCUGAGGGCGGUACUCACAACCGUGUGCAGCGCUGCAUGAGGAGAGCUCGCAGCCUGCAGCAACGCAUGCAACUGCAGCAGCAGCACGACUCCGAGGCAGGAUAUGGUGACAUCACUUACGACAUGGUGACUUUACUUACGAUACUGGUGAUGUUACUGGUGGAGCUACUGGUGAUGUUACUGGUGGAGUUACUAGUGGAGCUACUGGUGGAGUUACUGGUGGUGUUACUGGUGAUGUUACUGGUGGUAUUACUGGUGGUGUUACUGGUGGAGCUACUGGUGGUGUUACUGGUGGAGCUACUGGUGGUGUUACUGGUGGAGCUACUGGUGGUAUUACUGGUGGAGCUACUGGUGGUGUUACUGGUGGAGCUACUGGUGGUGUUACUGGUGGAGCUGCUGGUGGAGUUACUGGUGGAGUUACUGGUGGAGUUACUGGUGGUGUUACUGGUGAAGCUACCGGUGGUGGUACUGGUGAUGUUACUAGUGGAGCUACUGGUGGUGGUACUGUUGGUGGUACUGGUGAUGUUACAGGUGGAGGUUCUACUGGAGUUACUGGUGGAGUUACUGGUGGUGUUACUGGUGGAGCUACUACUGGUGUUACUGGUGGAGCUACUACUGGUGUUACUGGUGGAGCUACUACUGGACUUACUGGUGGUGUUACUGGUGGAGCUACUACUGGUGUUACUGGUGGAGCUACUACUGGAGCUACAGGUGGUGUUACUGGUGGUGUUACUGGUGGAGCUACUACUGGUGUUACUGGUGGUAUUACUGAUGGAGCUACUGGUGGAGCUACUACUGGUGUUACUGGUGGAGCUACUACUGGAGCUACAGGUGGUGUUACUGGUGGUGUUACUGGUGGAGCUACUACUGGUGUUACUGGUGGAGCUACUACUGGUGUUACUGGUGGUGUUACUGGUGGAGCUACUGGUGGUGUUACUGGUGGAGCUACUGGUGGUAUUACUGGUGGAGCUACUGGUGGUGUUACUGGUGGAGCUACUGGUGGUGUUACUGGUGGAGCUGCUGGUGGAGUUACUGGUGGAGUUACUGGUGGUGUUACUGGUGAAGCUACCGGUGGUGGUACUGGUGAUGUUACUAGUGGAGCUACUGGUGGUGGUACUGGUGGUGGUACUGGUGAUGUUACAGGUGGAGGUUCUACUGGAGUUACUGGUGGAGUUACUGGUGGUGUUACUGGUGGAGCUACUACUGGUGUUACUGGUGGAGCUACUACUGGUGUUACUGGUGGAGCUACUACUGGAGUUACUGGUGGUGUUACUGGUGGAGCUACUACUGGUGUUACUGGUGGAGCUACUACUGGAGCUACAGGUGGUGUUACUGGUGGUGUUACUGGUGGAGCUACUACUGGUGUUACUGGUGGUAUUACUGAUGGAGCUACUGGUGGAGCUACUACUGGUGUUACUGGUGGAGCUACUACUGGAGCUACAGGUGGUGUUACUGGUGGUGUUACUGGUGGAGCUACUACUGGUGUUACUGGUGGAGCUACUACUGGUGUUACUGGUGGAGCUACAGGUGGUGUUACUGGUGGUGUUACUGGUGGUGUUACAACUGGGCGACCAAUCAGCUGCCAGGCAGGACCAGCAGGACCUGCCUCCUCCCCCCCUCCCUGACUCCGCCUCUCACCUCGUGGCCCCUUCAGGUUCACCCGGGGAGGACCGUAGAGCCCGGGGCCCCUGCUCUGGCAUUGGGAAACCCCUCGCCAACGCCAGGUCCCUGCCUGCUCUGAGCGUGGACACCUGGGAGCAUGGACCACCAUCACCUGUCGAUGGGUGUCACCUGAUGGAGGUGGAGUCGUAUUACAGCAGACACCCACAGCCCAUACCCCCACCCAGGGUAUCCCCACCCCCCCCCACCUACCCAACGAGGAACUGGUCCUGUUUACAGAUGAGCCCCCCGAUGCUGUCGAUUCACCAGUCAGCUUACCACUUUACCCCCCCCCCAGACUCUGCCUCGAUCCCUCACCCCCCCCCAGGCCGUGUCACAACCACCUCGCCGCCCCCCAGGCCGUGUCCACACCCACCUCGCCUCCCCCUAGGCCGGGUCACACCGCCUUGCCCCCCCCCUCCCAUUCAGGACUACAGAGCAGCACUGCCGGUGGAGCGCUCCGAGAACGUCAACAGAUACUACGGCUCCCAGAAUGCAUCAGACGUGGGGGGAGGGGAGUUAGGGGGCGGGGAGGCGGAGCUUGGCGAGGAGCUGUCGGAGCUGGACUCGCUGUACCAGGCCAGUCUGUUGGCUCCCAGCAUGCACCGGGGCAGCCGCGGAGUCAGCCCGCAGCCAACCAGCAACAAAGCAGGUGUGAGGAGGAUGCUGUCAGGAUCUGGACGCUCUAAAACCCCGACGGCAGAGAUCGAGAGACACGCAUACAGAACACCUGUGAAGGUAAACAGCUGUACGUCGGCUGAAGACGAGAGCUACAGCGCAGAGAACCUGCGACGUAUCGCUCGCAGUCUGAGUGGAACCGUCAUCGGGUCUCGAGCCCAAAACCUCAGCUCCUCCACAGCUUUGACUCCUCUGUAUCCAGACCCUCCCUCAGACACUCCUCCUCCUCCUCCUCCUCCUCCACUCUCCCCCGUCGCCCCAGCACCUCCUCCCUGCACCUCCCCUCUGCCUCCUCCACCCCCUUCAUCCCAGAUCACCCCCACCACUCCUCCACCUCCUCCUCCACAGCACCUCCACCCCCCCCUGCAGACAUCACGGCCCCCCAGCUCCAGCUGCUCCUCCUGGGGACACUCAGGUAACACCGGCUGGCCAUUCACCUCCACCGUCACCUCCACCUUCCACCAAACCCACCGUCACCACGGAAACCACAAAACCCAGCGAAGUGAAGGCGUCCACAACGUGGCGAUGAGUUACGGCACGCUGCCUCGCGCUCCUCGCAGAGCUCCUCACCCCUCCUCCUUCUCCUCCUCCACCUCCUCCUUCUCCUCCACCUCCUCCCUCCCCCGGCCCAGAGCCAGCUCCACUCCCGCCCCCCCACUGGGUCCUCAGAGCAUCUACGCCACCCUGACGCACCCCCGCCGCUCUGCCGCCAACAAUCACUACCGCCAACCGUUGCCGGGGGAGACGCCCACCCAGCCGCUGCGCCUGGACGUCCCGCCGGAGGGCGACUGGCGGCGCGACGCAGACUACAGGACUGUGAGCUCCACCUGGGACUCCCGCUCCUCCCGCCUCCAUCAGUUCCUGCAGAGGAGCAAGCCGCCCCCCCCCGCCCGGCUCCACAGGACCCCCCCCCUCUGCUCGCUGUGCCAGCAGCUUCCUGCGCAGCCACCGCGCCCCUACUGCCCGUCCUGCAGCGCCUACGUGGCUCGAUUCCACCCAGCCAGCUGA